AUGGACAACAAUCCCCUCCUGGCCAUGCUCAAAGCAGCUGGCACCAACUCGGCCUCUCCCAUCCCGCCUGCGGGCCCGAUAGGGAGCACAGGCUCGAACGGCGGCUCCAACCUCUCUGCCUCGGCCGCUUCCCGCCCGCCACCCCCUGCAUUUCAAGCCGUUAGCCUCGACGAUCUGUUCAAGUCCAUCUCCCAGCCACCGGGUGCGUUUACCAAGUCGACGCCCACGCCCCCCAGUGCCGCUCAGGCCAACCUCGCCACCUCACCGCCGGGCCAGCACAAAGCCAAGCUACUGGGCAUGCUGUCACUGGGCGUCGGUGCUGGCUCGGCGCAGGACACGCCAGAGGUCAGCCGCCCCGCUUCUGGGCCCCAGACUCAGAACCGCGAGGAACAGCGCCGCGCCUCCCUCCUCGGCAUGCUGCGCUCACCCCUACUGAACACGGCGCCCGCCCUUGACGAGCCCGUCAUCACCCACCCAGCGCCCAUUGCGCCCCUUCCUCGCUCCAUUGUAAGCCCGCCACCCUUUACGAACACCAUGAGCCCGCCCUCUGGCUCGGCUCCGGCCAAGUCGCCCUUCGACUUUGUCUCGCCUUUCGAUGCGUUUGACAAGCCUGCUCCAUCGCUGCCGCAGUCGGGCCAGGGUUCGGCGGCAGCACCUUCGCCCGUCCGCACUCCGAGCGCCAAAUCAACUCCUGCUCCCUCGUCGCCGGUGAAGCGCGAGUACGCCAUCCCCCAGGCUGCGGCCGCGGGCACGCCGGCGUCGCAGGAUCAGGCAGCUCCGUCGCCGCCUGUCUCGAGAAAGGACUCGGCAGGCCCUUCGCUUGCUGCUCAACUUCUGCAGGACGCGGGAGGCAAGGGCCCCGUUACGCUCUUCCCUGGCGGCGUGACUAUUGACAUGGCCCAGCCCAACCUCGACGCCGUCGUCAAUCACGCGGGCGUAGUGGCGGUGCAGCCGGCCACAAUCAUGAAAGCCGAGUCGGUCGCGUUCUCUCGCGGCCGCACAGUCGGCUCAGCUGGCGACUGGAUAGCUUACACCCUCUCGCGCGGCCGCAUCCGCCUUUUAAACAUGAACACUGGCGCGCGCACACUCAUCCAGAUCGACACCACCGGCCCCUUUGUCGACCUCGCCGUCACUGACGGUGCUCUCGCUGUCGUCCUGGCUGACGGAUCGGUCAACGCUUAUCGCGUUCCGCACGCUUGGGUUCGGGACGACCCCGACUGCCCCCUCAUCUUCAGCCUGCCAUCCAUUCAGCCCGGCUCUGUGCCUGCGGACAAGAGCCUCGGUGAUAUUAACCAGAUCGAGUGGGUGCGGCGCGAGAACGAGUCGGCGGCCAACUGGCUGGCGAUCGGUGGUACGGAGGGCGUGAUCAUCGUCAAGCCCGAGAACUGGGGCCAGCAAUCCUCGCUCGUCAACGCGAGAGAGAUGCUCACGAACCAUCGGGUCCUCAAGGCUAGUGGGCUUGUGGUGCAGUUCUGCCUCAACGCCACGCAUCAGGCUAUUGCUCUCAUCUCGUCCUCGGGCUACUUCUGCCUGUACUCUGUCGCCUCGCUCAACAAAGUUUGGCACCGCCAGUUGCCGUCGUCCAACACGGCCACGCCGCUGUCGUCUGUUCGGUUCUGCGAGGCGCACAUUGUCGUCGGCAGGGCCAACGACACCAUGUUUGAUCUUGUUCAAAUCACGUACGAGCUCGCGGUAAUCUCCACCAUCAAGUUUGAUGCACCCGCGUCCCAGCUGUCGUUCGGCAACGCAGUCUACGACAGUGACAAUGAGACGCUUUUCAUUUCACAGUUUGCCCGCGGUUCCGUCUACGCAUUCCGCUACAAGCUUAAGGGUACCCCACCCCUCCGCGGCGUCAUUGGCACGGACGCGGUGCCCAUUCUGGCCUUCGACUCCAUGGCCGAGUUCCCUAUUGAGCCGAUCGUGUCCAUGGUUCUCAGCCCCAACCGUCCUGGCUCACCGGCUUUCGUGUAUGCCACGCGGCAGGGCAUCAACAGGGCCCAGAUCGACCUCCGCAGCCUUUCUCAGACUCGUCCGACUUUGACCCCCGCUGCGGCGGAGGCCAAGCCGAUCGAGCAAAAGGCGGAGGAGAAGGAUGAGCGGGCCAGCGUCGCAGACAAGGCCGACCUCCAGGACAGACCUGCUGACAAUCGUCGCGUCCGCGGCCGAGCGGCGCAGGCUGAUAAGCGCGCGCAAACGCCAACUACUGCUCGCAAGGAGCCCCAGCGCGCAGCUUCGCCUCUCAAGCCGGACGCGCCAGUGGCAGAGGAUAAGGGUGCUGGUCCUGGCCUGACAGCCGACGAGCUCUUCCGGGCGCUCAAGAAGACCGAGGACAAGCUCGGCAACCAGUUCAAGCAGGCCAUUCAGACCGAGUUUGGCGCUAGCAAGCGCGGGAGCGCAGAUUUGUCCUCGAGCCUCUCAUCGGCUGUCACGAACCACCUUCAGGCCAGCCUGCCGACGCUGAUCGAGCAAGAAGUUCAGCGUGCCAUCCCUGCCGCUGUGCAGAACGCCGUGCGCGAGCUGGUGCCUGGCGCGGUCCACCAGUCGCUCCAGAACAUUGGGCGCGACGUCGAGCGCAUCCUUGCACCAAUCGUCCCACGUACUCUCAACACUGUUGUCCAGCCGGCCGUCGAGCGUGCCGUUCGCGAGGUCAUCCAGCAGACAGUCGUCCCUGCCCUUGAGGCCGCCACGACUAAUGUCUACAACCAGCUCGCUGAGGACUUGAAGACCGAGAUGGUGCAGAUCCGGAAGGACGUGGUCGCGGAGCAAGGCGAUGCGCUGGCUGGUACCAACGACAUGAUCCACAACCUGUCGUCAAUGGUCGAGUCGCUACAGCGCCAAGUUGCGGCGCUGUCGGCGCGCUCACCGCCGCCGGGCCCCGUGCCAUCCUCGCUCGCGCGGUCGGUCUCGGUCAGGUCGCCACCUGUCUCACAGACGAUGCAGAUGAUGCAGCCGGCUACGCCGAUGAUGCAGCAGCCGACACUGUACGACAAACAGCUCGAGGACGCGUUCCUUGCGGCUCUGAGCGCGCAGUCGGCGCCGGUGACGCUCAAACUCGUGUCGGACUACGCGUCGCGCACCGAGCAAAUCCUUCCCCCGCGUCCAGGCCGUAGUCCCGUCUCGCAAGCAGUGCUCUUGACUCUGGCCCACCGCCUCUCCUCUGCUCUUGCCAACGUCGCGCCGCAGGACCAUAUGUUCGCGACAGUCGCGACGUGGCUUCACCGUGCUGUGGAUCAGCUCGACUCGACGGACCCCGACAUCAGGGUGUACCUCCCGCGCGUGGCGAGCGUGGUGACGCAGGAGCUCAACCAGCGCAUCAGCCAGCUGAGCUAUCUCUCGGACCAGUAUUCGCGCGCGCACAUCAGCAUGCUGCGGCAGGUGAUUGACGAGCUGAUGGCGAAGCUUUGA